CUCCAACUUGUGCAUAGGAAUUCGUUGCUUGGUGAAUUAUUGAUGAGGAAUUUUUCCGAAAAAUAGGACGUAGCGUUAGAAGCACGUCAUUGGUUCCCCCCAUGCAGAAUUCAAAUGAAAUUGACCGCUCUCCGAACUACGACUGAGAUGUGCUUUGAUGAAUUGUAAAAAUGCGACGUAAAACAAAAACUCUACUGAUGCCUCCGCGUAGUUCUGUUUCUGUUUGCGCGCACGCUUCAGCGCAGACUGUGCUGGAGAGCGUGCUCGAGCUACAAGCGCAAGCCGUGGUCGAAAUUGUCAAUGCGUGCUGCAACGAGAACUGGAAACUGCAAAUUGUUCCACUGCUGCGACUCUUGGAAUGAGGAAGAAAGGGAAAAUGCGGAGGUCGUUCAGCGGCACUGAUUUUUGCCGCGAUUUCUUGUAAGACUAAGAACAAAAGUAGAGCGCAGCGUCACUGAUUCCGUCUCCGUCGCCCGACAGAAUCAUGCACAACAGCACGCGCAACCGGGCCGGGCCGGCCGACCAGGCGGUGAUGGGUUCUACCGCGGUCUCGUUCGAGCUGGGGAACGAUGACGGGAUCAUCACGAUGGAAGCCCUGGAAAACCGUCUGGGGCAGAUCGAGAAUGAGGAGGAGCACAUGACCAACUUCAAAAAGAUCGUGUCCGCACAAAAGGAGACGUUGGACGAACUGCAGGCAAGUCUGGAGUACGACCGGACGCAUAAGCGGACGCGGGGGGACUUGCGGAAGGAGUUGCUGAAAAGCUAUGGGCAAGAGAAUCUGGAGGAGAACAUGGUGCCGCAGAUCAUUGACGGUAUUGAUGUAUGUGAAGAUGUUUCUGGUCGUUGUGUUUGCGGUUCAGCUUUAUUUUUGCGUAUUGCUUGCAUGGUUUCUUUUCGAUGAAGAUGUCGGGCUGCAGGUCGUUUGACGUCACACUUCACAGACAGAAUAGACUAGAAGUCGGAAACCAAAUAUGAAAUAACCGUCUAGAUCCCGACGAUCCACUGUGGAAGCCGAAAGCGUCAAAAUGGCAGAAGGAGAAUCUACUCCAGGAGCUCCGGGCGCGGAAAAAACAGGACCCGAGUCAGUUUGAUUCGCAGGGAAGAGCGAGGUUUUUGGCUGUGCUGAAUUCUGCCAAGGAGGAAAUGAUGGAGAAGGCUCCGGGUAAUGCAGUGGACGCUUGCGUUUUUGUUUGUCAGUUUGUUUCAGCACAGAAAUAAUUUUUGUUUUUGGCUGUGCUAGCUUCUUGGUCCUCUUCGUGGUUCGCACAAAGCAAAAAUGUUAUCGCCUGCUACCAUAUCAGCAUCACAAUCGCUGUUUUGCACUCAUCAGGGUCUCCCCAAGCGAAGCAGCAGCCGAAGGGGCAGGCGACGGUUCGCGAGCUGCUGACCCAGUCGCGGAAGCAGCAGACCUCCGAGACGUACGCCGAUGUAAUGGCGAUCGCGGAGCGGGAGAUGGACCCGACCCGGAAACUUGUGGAUUCAGAGGGUAUCAGCCUGGACCGCAAGGUGGUCAUCCCCCGGGACAGCAUGCAGCGCGCGGCCCAGCUCGAGCGGUCGAAGCAGCAGGAGGCGUCCGGGUUGGACUUGGGGGCGAAGGAGCUGGACAAAGUGGCGCAGCGGGCGAUGCGCGCACCGCAGCGGCAGAAGGGAAAGCGGAUGAUUAAAAAAGCGCCGCCUCCGCCGCCGCCCGAGGAUCCGAACAAUCCGGAGGACGUGGACCCGGCGUACGGGCGUGUCGUCACGAACGUGGACGGAUCGACGGUGAUUAUGAAGGUAAAACACGAGCGGCUCUCCGGGUUUCGACUUACGAAAAUCGAGGAGCGGAUCAUGAUCACGCGGAACCAGCUCAUGCUAACCAAGUUUCUGCGUUGGAUGGACAGAAGUAUCUUGUUGUGUUUUAAAAAAUUCACUUUCUGUUUCUGGUCUAGGAGGUACAAAUUUUCUCUCAUCAUGAAAUAAUUUUGGUUAAGAAGGAGUAAUAUGCUUCGAUGAUGUAUGUUGAGCAAGACACCAUUUGUUCUCACAGCCUCGUCUAGACUGAAUGAUCACAUGUCUGUGAUCAGCAGAAAGUUUAUGGGCCGCUCCUUGCCGGCAUCUUCCGGUGCCGCCGAGGGUUUCGAUGUGCUCGGGGACUGCAGCGGUUCGGCCGAUUGGGAAGAUGACGCGAGAGAUGAAGCCCGCAUAGUCGGGGCCUUGAACCGCAUUCAAAGGUCGACGAAGCUCCGGGAAGCACCGCGAUGCAUUGGAGUGGUACUACAGCUUUUAUGGUUUUAUUUGCAGGUCUGUAGUACCUCACAUUUUUUUCUCGUGCAGAAAAGAGUCGGAUUCAUCGCUCCGGCGUCCAAUUUGCAUCGGAAGCAAGCCGUCCAGUCCGAAAAAAAACCUCCUCCAGGUCCCAACUUUUCUCCCCUACCACCGCGAAGAAGCUUCUUUUCUGAAAGAGGGAGGUACCGCCCGCGAGCGGGAAAGGACGGCCGCACGGAUUCGCGAUUUCCGCAAGUCCCGCGGGUUGGACUCCCCCAGUACCUCGGAGGACGACGGCGCGGCGUCCGUAUCAAAUGUAAAAAUGUCUGGGUCUGGAAACUUGUAAUGCUAAAAAUGAAUGCUAGACGCACUGCAAUACGCAGCUACGCAUGACAAUUUUUUUGGCUACCAAUGUCUUACGUAUUCCGCAUGGCAAACUGCGUUUUUGCAUGACAGGCGAGGAGCACGCCGGUCAGCAAACGCGAGCGAGGAGCACGCCGGUAGCAAACAAAAGAACGGCGGAGCAGAAAACAACGCAGGAGAGACAGAGAGGAUCGGGAGGCGACGCGAGUCGUCACCAAUCUGGAAGCCACCAGCGAAAAAACGAAAACCCGCCCACCUCUCGCAAUUCUUCAACGUCGCGGACAUGUUCGGACCACUAGGGACGGAACUUGGGGGCAACAUCUUCGGCGCAGCUCCACGAGGACAGGGAGAGACAGGAAGCAGCAGCUCCAGCAGCUCCUCACGACCGGCGCAGCCGAACACAGAAAACCCCCCCAAGGCGAAGCAGCCCCCCCCUUAGCGGCAAACCCCCCUUACCCUCCCCCUUGGGCAGACAUGCGGCAGUCGGCCAGCAGCACAAAAGGAUAGCAGAAAAAGCUACAGGGUCCCAGCGCGGCAGGGGCGCACAAACACACGAACACGGAGCCAGGAAAGCGAGGAGUAGCUCACACUAGAAGAAAAACAAGUCAACUUUUACCAGAAAAGCAGCAGACUAGUCGUUUUCUUCUUUUUUUAAAAAAAAUAGAAGGCUAAAAAAAAACUACUGCAGGAGUACAGGGAGCCAACAAGGCUCACUCGCCGGCAGAAGACGCGAAAGCUCACAGGAGAAGAGCAGUCGGGUGGGCUGUUCCGGCGGAGGGACAGAGAGAAAAAAAAGAAAGAGAAAAAAUAGGAAUGACAAGAUGGCGCGUAGACUGUACGUCCCCCCCUUUCCACAAACUUGGACCCCAAGUCCUCUUUGCACCGAACGCAACCAAAACGAAGCAGAACGAGAACGGAGGGAGGAUUCGCGCCGGAGUUUUAUUUUGCAUGAAAACAAAAGAAAAACGGAAGAAGAAACCAAGCCCGCAAAACAUAUUCAAACCAUGUGAGGCCACCAGUGCGAAAACUUCUACGGAGUCUGUGCCUAACUUAGCCUGCGACCAUGGUUGUGAAUAGCCCCGAGGUUUUUCAUAUCCGGCAGCAGUCCGUCGAACAGUCCCCGUACCCCCAGAGUAGCCCCCCCAACUACUCGCCCGAGCCAAUGAUCCCACUCGUGCGUCGCACCAACAUAGGAUGGGCUCACUUUCUCGCUUCCAGGGAGUGCGAAUUGGUAACUAACCGACAUUGUGCCAAGAGGAGGGCCUCCCCGGGACCGCCUGGCGAAAGCCUGCCAUGGGUUUCACUGUCCACGGGUGGUGUUGCGGGUAAUCCUGACGAAAGCCAAAAACCGGCAGAAAAUGGGGCCACGGAAGCGUUCUUGCUGGACAUUGCCAACAUUUGCCCAUGCAGAGCCGUCCUCUUGCCGGACACAACCCACAUCUGUCCGAAACAGCCUAGGGCCAAGACGACAUCGUGAGGACGACCACAGGGGGUUCGUCUCAAUGAUGAUGAUGAUGACAGGCAAGAGGGCUUUUUCGUGCCUAUGCAACACAGAUUUUCGAGUCAUGCCAGACAAGCAUGACAAACUUGCAUUCUUCCAGACCCAGACACUUUUGCACAGGAUAGUCCGCGGCGGAGUCCGAUUUGGCCGAGUUUGAGACCAAUCUCGAAACGCGUAUCACGCAGAUCCGCGGGUGCAUCGUGGCCGCGCGGAAUCUGUACAAGGACAUCGUGGUGGGCGAUGGAAUCUCGAUGGCGCCGCGCGUCGGCGACUUGAACCGCGAGGUCCCGGUGCCGCUGGGCAUGACGCAGCAGCGCGCGGAGAAGCUCGCCCGUUCUGCGGAGUCGCGGUCGCGGCGGAUGACGGGGUCGCUGUUUUCCAGCGGCCGCGCGGGGAAGACGGGCAUGGACCCCUUCGAGUACAUCACGAACCCCAACCCGUACGUGGUGAUGCGCGGCAUCGACUACGACACGACCGUGUUUGAACUUUGCCGCACGGAGCCGCUGCUGGAGACCAAAGCGCCGUGCUGGGACUUGGAGUUCAGCGUGACCAUCCCGGAGCAACUGUCCAAACUCCGCGGGAUCGAGUUCCACGUGUACGACUACAACGACUGGCUGACGAGUUCCCUCCCUCUCGGGUUGAUCCCGUGGGACAAGGGGGACUACUCGCUCGGAAAAUGGGUGGUGGAUUUGCACUCGUUAAACCACGCACUGUCCCAGUCGGACGCGGAGCUGCGCGCCAUGAAACACAUGAACGAGCACAAGGGCCGGCUGAUUUACCAGGCGGCGCUGGUCCGGCGGAAGAUCCACUGCUUGAAGCACCGGCUGCACAUCCAAACCGAGUACGAGUACCUCCGCCAGCGAAUCACCGGUUUGUACGGCCUCCAGAACCUCUACGCCAACGUUUUCCCGAACAAACCUUUGCCAAAAACCAUCACGGAAUACGGGUUUGUCGAGCCCGCCACCCGGGAGGCGGUCGAGGACACGAUUUUGGAGUGCCACGGGGAGAAGUCGAAGCGGAGAAGCUUCAAAAAGGGCGACGAUGACGAGAACGUGAAGCCGCCGGUGAUUGAACUGAACCCGGACAUCGAACCGCCACCCGGCGCGCCCGUUCGGCAUCCGGCGGUGAUUCGGUUGCUGGAAAAAAGGGCGAUCGAGGCGGAAAAAUUGAGGCAGCAGAAGCUGGAGGAGUUAGCGCUUGCCGAAAUCCGGAUCGCGCAGAUGGAAGCGGAAGAAAAGGAGCGGGCCCGGCAGCGGCAAAUGCAGCUGGACGCCAUUCAGGAGGAGGAGGAGACGACGCACACGAAAGAGGAGGUGAGCAGCCUGACGAUGACGAUGACGCAGCGGGAAGAGGAGGAGGAAGAGGACACCGCGACGUCGCUAACUUUGAAACGGGACCAGUCGAAAAUGAACACAACGCUGUCCACGUUGGUCAGCUAUCAACUGCAAAAAUGUCUGGGUCUGGAAGAUUGCAACUUGUCAUGCUGUUUUUGGACUCGAAAAAAGUUUGUAUUGCAUGACCAGCAAGAGGGGUACAGUUUGUGCUACACGGAUAGGGCAUUUCUCAUGCGAAGGUGCAUCAGGAAGCCCUCUAAAAGUCUGCGAUGCUAGGUCAUGCAUUACAGGCAUCAUGGGUCAUGAGAAAUAUGCAUGACAAGUCUUGCAUUCUUCCAGGCCCAGACAUUUUUGCAUUUGAUAUCAGCUCCGGCGGCAGUCUGGACGGAGUGAAAAAUACCGCCGGCGGAGGUCCUGGUGCAAACGUUCCAGCUGCUGCCGCGCCGAUCGCGGGGACUAAUGGCGUGACCCCACCAGCACCAGCGGUUUUUAUCAAGGAGGGGCAGCACGAAGCCGCCGCGGCUGCCGCGGCGAAGAAGAAGGCGCCGAAGAUCCCGCUGGACGAGAAACAGCAGGCGAUGCACGAGCUGAAGAAGUCCUUAACUUUGAACAGCUUGGUGGACCGGGUGAAGAAGGAGCGAAAAGAGACGAAAAAGCGCAUCACCGGCGACGUCACCCUGCCGGCGUUCACGGUCGUUGUGUUCGGGGUGUUCAGCAACGGGGAGGAACGGGAACUGCACCGUUACCCGCUCGUGACGAGUUACAACGCUUUCGGCCUCUGCCCGGUCGACAUGCUGGUGGGGAACAGUACGCUGCUGGGUCCGAACGGCGCCAGCUCGAACAAAAUCAAGUACGCCUUGCGGUUGCCGACCACCCGCCCGCCACCCUCGGAGGUCGAGAUGGAUCUGGUCGCGACACUGGCGGAAAUCCGCGCGAAAAGAAGUCCGGAGUCACCCGCGAACCGGCUGUUUGCAGAUCAGCUGAAUCGGUGUCGGCCGGUGGUCGGUGUGAAAGGCAUUGCGCCGCUGCAGUCGGGUAUGAAAAACGUGACGCAGGGCAGGUCGGUCGGUGCAAACUACGGGUUCACACCACUCGCCGAGUCCUUCGUGGUUCACGCGCCGGGGUUGAAGGGCACGGACGCGAAGGCGCACAAGGCGAAGAUUGAAGCUGCCCGGCAGAAGAUGCUGGAGGCGAACAUAAGCCAGUCGGAUCACGUGAAGUCGACGACGAAGUUCAAAAAAGAUCCGAGACGGGACGCUAUGGCUCUUCUAGAAGAUUUACGCAUUGCAAAUAUCGAUCUCGUCUCUGGCGGUUCUGCCUGGAACAGUAGGUGCUGCUCUUUGUCCUGAUGCAGCUUUUGCCUGCUCGCCUGAAAGUUCAAGUUGUGGAAUGCAUGGCGUGGUAUCUUCACAGGUAGUCUUAUGUUGAAAGCCUCUCAAGAUCGGCCUAUUCCGCAUGCUGUCUGCGCGCGGCUACACAAGCACAGUUUUUGUUGUUCACGCGACCGCACAGAUUUUUGUGUUACUGCCGGAGACAGAGCAGCAGCAUCAAAAGUUUAAUGCCUCUCUAUUCAUGCAACAGACCACCGAGACGCAUAUUUGCAGUGCAUACGAUAUGAAGAAGCAACGAGGCGGCGUGAAGUCGGAGGAGAAGGAGAAGAGACGGCGAAAAAGGGCAAAGCACAUCAUCACCAGUCCCGGCGGAACUGCGGUUGCCGCCGGUGGAGAUCAUGGAGAGGGCAAUACUAAUUCGCCAGAUAACAAAUCCCCAGGCUCGCCCGGGACCACCGGCUCCAGCUUCUACACUUCCGACGAAGACAGCCAGAGCCGGGGCGGCCAAUCCGGGGCCGGACACUCUACCGAUGAGGACAAAGAAGAGCAGGAGGACGAGGAGGACUACCAAACGCAACUGUUUUCCGACAACAUGUUGGAAAGGAAGGUGGAGCAAGCGCUCGGCAAAGUGGACAAGGAACUGCACCCUUUCGUCCUCCCCCGCUGGACCUACGACUUCAACCGCGACAACCCGUUCGCCCGGCAGAACUCGACGCUGUUGGCGGAGAGAACGUACGCGCGGAAGAACCAGAUGGGCGAGGGCAUGGUAGAGGAUUUGCUGAACGAAUCGCCGAUUGACUUACUGUAUCUACGGUUCCGCGUGUACGAGCCAUCGAGUCAGCUGCGCACGUACGAGAAAAAAGUGAAGAAAGCCACGGACCGACGGCGCGCGCGGCGGCAGCGGGAGCUGGACGAGUGGCCGCUGUUCGUGGAAAAGAUGCCGUACGACUUGCAGCAGCGCGCUGUAGACAACAAGUCCCAGUUCGUGCACGCCCGUGGUGGUUUCAAGCGGUUGGAUGGGUUGUUCGCGAAGGAGGAGGUGAACGCGCUGGCCGCGGAGCGAAAGCGAUUGCAGGAAGAAGCGGACGCCCGGGAUUGGAAGGCGCAGUUGCGGAUGAACCAGGCGAAGGCGAAGCAGAACGCAAGCAGCGGGAAAUUUGCUGCGAAAUGGAUCAAAAAAACCGAGCAAGCAGGGGGGUUGGAAGCGCGGCGGAAAAAGAAGAAACUGGAGGAGGUACGAGUGGGGAGAAAAAUUUGGGAUUUGUUCCGAUCAGUUGCACUUUGAUAGCACACUUGCAGUACUUCGGCGUCCUUGUAGAGGAAGCUUAUCGAGUGCCGAAGAAGUAGCAGUAGCUUGUGCUACAUCAUGUUUUGUUUGCAUAGUACCAACAGAACCUGAUAAAGUUAAAGAAGAUAGCAUGUGGGCUUUUCACUUCAGAUAGUGAAUGAACUGCGUGACCGUGAGAAAAAAUCGCAAAUCGCAAAGUUUCUUUUCCAUACCCCGAAGAAGAGGAGGAGGAUGAUGAGGACGAGGAGGUCGAGGUUGAAGAGGCAAAGCCGCCGACGCCCGACGAUUCCGAUAUGGACGCCGCCAUUGCCGCCGGCGAUUUCCAAGCUGCCGGGAAGCAAUCGAGGGAAGUGCGGAAGAUGCUGUUGAAAGCGGAAAACGAGCGACGAAAAGCGGCGGGUCUGAAAGCGAAGAAGUCCCCCGAGCAGGAACGGCUGGAGGCGAAGCUGGCGAGGAGACAGGCGCGGGAGGAGAAGGAAGACGGGGAACGGAAUCGGGAGAAGGAAAUUUUAGAGCAAUCCGCGAAAUUGAACAAGCAGCUGACCACCGAGCGGGACAAGUUAGGGGACUUGUCCAGUCCAACGUUGACCAUGGACGCGCAAAUCGCCCUGGACGCCGCGGAUUUCUCCUCCAGUGCUUCUUCAGGCGACAAUCACGCGCGGACGCAGGAGGACGGGCUGUUCACACCGGUGGAAGGCCAGCACUGCACCAGUUUCGUGAAGAAGAGAGGUGCAUCUUCUACUGCGUUAUCGAGUUCAUCAUCGAGUUGUUCGUCGUCAGCCACUGCAGGAACAACAACCGGGAAGAAAGUUGCGAAAAGCGAGGAAAAAGCGCGGCGUGUUCCAAAACCUUCUUCAGUCGCGCCCUUCACAGCGUUUCUCAGGAAAGGUCGGUUUGGCGACAUGUUUGAAGCAUUGUCGAAGAAAACGGGACUCUUUGGUGCUGGUUCUGCUUCCAGUUCAAGCAGUAGUAGCAACAAGAAGCAGGAAGAAGAACUUCCUGAAGGCAGAAGUACAACCACAUCUUCAAAGCCUCCCGCGAAGAAAGGCGCCCGAUGUACAUCGAGUAGCAAAAGUGCCAGCAGUAGUAGCAGCAGCAGCGGAAUACAAGUCCACUAUUCCGCGGAGGCAAAGAGACGAUUCCCUGGUUUGCGGCUCGAUAUCAGACCGAAGAAAAAGAACCCGUCAGAGAUGAAAUCCCCCGAACAAGAAGAAGAAGAGCCGGAAAAAAUAAACCCCCCUGCUAGUGCUAGAGACUACAAGCAGGAAACGACUAACGUGUCCAACUUUUUGCAAGAAGUCCUGGGCGAUUUGAUGUCGGAAUGUUCCUCCCGCGCACCGUUAGAGCAGAACGAGGAAGAGGAGAUCAUUUUGCUGAGCUCGGAAGUGGACAAACCAGAGAUUUGGUCCCGGAAAACGGAGAACUUCAAGCCGGCGCAUGUUGUCGAGGAUCCAAGAGACGGGUCGAGGAUGAUGGGCUCUUCUUCAUCUAAAAAUGGGGGAAGUAGCCGAGAAACUACGAGUUCUUCUUCCUCUUCUAGGCCGACCUUCACUCUGCCAGACUCCUUCUCGCAAACGAUGGACGCAAAAAUUUACGGCGAAAGAGAAGGCGUUCAGGUGUCUGAUCGUGACGAAGACUGUGAACAGGCUACAAGCGGCUCUGAUGAGGAAAUGCCAGGGAGCAUUGACGAAAAAUCCUCGAGUAGUAGUGGUAGUAGUGGCACUUACAGCAAUAGAAGAGGGUCCUCGUCUUCAUCCCGUCAAGGACCGCGCCUCGUCCUGGAUACCUUUACAAAUCCCGCCACGGGCGAGAAAGUUCAACUCCCGCGAAUAGACGAAGACGAGGGUGGUGCAGUCGACGCAGUAGAAAUGCGAGACGAGGAGGACAACUACGCCGUCAACGAGCAGUUCUUCGAACAAAAAGAUGUCGAAAACGACAUUUCUGACGACGACGCGGCACUAUCGCUUUUCUCCCCUAGUAGAAGUAGAAGAAUACAAUCCGCUACAUCAACUACCCGCCAAGAUGAGGGUCUGCACCAGCUUCCCGACGCAGUAGAUUCGAGCACUCCCGGAGGAGGACACAACCAGGACCACACCGAGCAACAGGGGGACGAAGAGGAGGAAGAGGAGUCCGAGCUCGGCGCUUUCAAGGACAGCAAAACGGCUGCGGAGCGGAAAUUGAACGCUAAGUACCCGCAGCAGCCGAAGGACCCCCCGCCCUUUGUGAAGGAUCCGGACCUGCCCAUGGGGGGGCGGGAGGAUAAGCGGUUGAUCAACGCGGGCCGCACGGUGAUGAUGGACGAGUACGAGCGGGACGAGGAUGUGUACCACGACCCGUUCCCUGCCGGUUCGAUGGUUCGCGUCCCUCACGACCCCAUGCACCAGCCGGACCGGCACUUGCCGGAUGCCAUGGUGAAGCAGAGGCAGCUGCUGAUGCCGCAAAUCGUGGAGGACGUGAAGGAGCGGGAACGGCGGGACUUGCUGGAUUGGCAAAGGAAGCGGUACGCGUACCAAACGAAGACGGGGACAAAAGUAGAUUUAAUGAUCGACCCGAAUUUCCGCACGACGGGGUUUGCCGCCGAAGAUUGGAAGAAGAAGUCCGCGCGGAUCUACGGGCCGCCGGAGGGAGAUCACGAUAAGGACGGGGACAAAUGGUUUCGCGACCAAAUUGUGCAGGAGGACGAGGAGAAAUCGCAGCAAAUCAACUCCGUCUGGCAGGCGUAUCACCCGGAUGCGUCGUCCGACGAGGAUGCAGAGGUGAUGGACGAAUUUCGGUUUGGUUCCGUCGGCCAGUUACUGGCCGAGGGGGUUUACUUUUUGAACUGCGCAUCCUUGCACAAACCGGAGACCAUCCAGGUCGACCUGUACCCCUCGCAGGCGAUUCUUGACAAGCUGACCGAAGAAGCGACGGAAGCGCUGGGCGGGGUCGCGAUCGACCACCCGGGGGGUGUGAUGGGCUCGGAAGGUGGAUCUUCGGGUAGCAGAAAUCACAGCACGAACUCCCACGGGAUCCCCCUCCCGAAGAAAAAGCGCAUCCAGAUGGCGAAAUCGCGGUCGGUCGCUUUCGGCGGGCAGAAGCCGGUGUCGCGAAUCACGCUGAAGGAACGGAUCACAAAGGUUUUGAAAUUCCCGAUCGACUAUGGGCGGGAGGGUCGGGAGCGCGACGCGGGUCUGGCGAAAGCGCGGGUGCGGAAGGAGAUGGCGGCGGUGGAACAAGUGUUCGGCGCUACACUGCCCGGGGAGUCCGCGCUGCGGGCGUUUAAGGAGAAGAUGGACAAGAAACAGAAAUCCUUCGAGGGCCGGGGCGGCACGGAAGCGAAGAAGGAGUUUUUUCCCGUUCGGUGGGCCAUGGCCACGAUGAAGAGCACCCGUAUGAUCCUGUUUUUCCAGUUGGAAGUCACGGGGAAGCGAUACGUGCUGGACGACGACAUCCGCCGGUACGUCCGGUCCCGGGAUUUCAAGAAGAAGGUGGAGCAGACGAACCGGCUCCGCCGCAUGAAGAAAUUGAAGGAGUCCGGGCCCACCGCGCCGAAACAGGAGGGCGCGGACGAGAAGCCAGAGGAGGAGGAGAAGGGGAAUCUGGACAAGCAGGCCGGCGAGGAGGAGGAGAUGGAGCCGGAAGAGGAGUACAAGCCGGUCACGGAGAUCAACCACAUUUACGGGAUGAUUGUGAAGGCGGGGAACGUGCAGACCGACGCCCGCGGGUUGAUGGACCCCGCGGACGUGCACGAGUGGUACGAAUCGCAGAAGAAAAACAUUCUGGAAGUGACGAACAAGGAGAAGGCCAAACCGGUCCCGGUGAGCAAAAUCAACGCCGAGAUUCACGAAAAGAUGCAUCGACGGAGAAAGCUGUGGAUAGGCCUUGGGGACAACCUGUUCCGCAAGCACAAGUCGUUUUUCCGCCGGAACCGCAAGUCGACGACCGUGUCGGCCACCGGCGUGGAGCAAGUGAGGGAGUACCCGGCGCCGCCACCCGUCACGAGAAAAUUGCAACAAGCGCAUCUGUACGUCGUCGCGACGGUGCUGGAUGAGCAGAACCGGCCGUGGAAGAAAUCGGUAAUAACCAGGAUAAACCAAAGCUGCCCGGCGAAUGCGCUGGGGCAGAUGCCGAUUUUCAACUCCGAUUUUCUCUUCUCCUUCGGGGGCGAGGAAAGGGGCGACUUCGGGCUUCCGGAAAAGUUGGAAUUCACGCUGUACCAGCGCGCGGACCUGCGGCUGAACCCGGAAGAGCUGGAGGCGGAACAUCAGCGCAAGAUGGAAGCGGGGGAGUUCGACCGGUCGUCGUUUUUACUUGACGGGGCGGGGGACUCGACGGAGGUAGGAGACGGCUCGUUUUUAGCCGGCGGCCCGUCGCAAGACACGGCGGAUAACACGAACGGCGGCGACAGCCAGGAUCUGCUUCUUCAAAAGUCGCAGCAACUCACGGAGGGUGCGCACAGCUCGCCCAGGAGUUUGCAGAGAAAGCGACCGGCCGCGGACAGUCGCUCGGACGCAGGGAGCAGUGGAACGGGGAGGAGUAGUGAGAGAAGCAGCCCGAGCAAGAGACAGAGAAUUGCAGCCGGCGGUCCUGCGGUUGUUGAUCAGAGCGUCACCUUGACAACCACUUCCACCCAGCAGACGAAGCGAGAGACGUCGAAAGCGAUUGAAUUCACCGGAUCGAUGUCCAAAUCAUCCUCCUCCAACAAGUUUUUGACCAACCGACAGCAGCGGGAGCAGGACGAGCGCCGCCGCACCGAGGGAUCCGGCGCGGGCGUCUUGGGCAGGCGGCAAACGAACCACCGAGCGAAGAAUCUGCAGCACUUGGCGGACCACAAUGUUUUUGGGAAAACCAGGAGGAGCAGAAGGCCGCGGGAAAUGUCGGAAAAAUUCUGGAACAGCAAGUACGGGAGUAAGCUAGUCGCGCACGUAAACACGCUGUCGAAAUCGGUCGCGUUUUCCUCGAACACCGGCGCAAACAAUAACAAGCAAGACGCGCAGUUCUUCAGCACCUUGCUUCCCGGGGGACCCGGGCUGAAUGACCAAUCGAACAGUAAUUUUCUGAACGAUAACUCCACGGUUUUGAGCUCGAUGUUCCGUUCGAAGGACCGGGUGAAGCCUUACGGGUUGGGGGUUCAGGAGCUGAACCAGGAACAAAAGGAGCCGUCGAUUAUCACGCUGGAUCGGGUGGACGAGAACCACAGCUUCGAAGAUUUUCCUUCAAAAAUUUUCUCGGAAGCAGCGGCGUCCGAGCCGGUGCCGGUAAUGCAACCGGGCGACAUCGGCGGCGUUGGUAUGUUCAUUCGGGAGCAGCAAGGCGGGAGUUCCAGCAGCACCGCAAGUGGUCGCGGGGAAAGAAGAAGCGGGAGCGGCGGGAGUAAUAGCAUCAGACCGGUGGAGGACGACGUCAAUAAGAAGCAGUCGUGGUAUUUUCCGGCCGGAAAAUCGCCUUCGCCACCCAAAAGCUCCGCGAAGAAGAAGAAAAGUAAAAAAGGGACAAAAAAACAAAAAGGAACCAAAUCCGGCUCGGACAGCAGCCCUGGGAAAUUGAAUCAAGACGGAGGAGGUGGGACAAGAAACACCACUAGUAACAACAAAACUGGUAAAAGUAGUAGCAGUCCCCAAAAGCACGGCUAUGACGACGAAGACACGCCCUCGAAGCAGGGCACGCAGACGUCGUUCGAGCGGUCGCUCCGGAGUUGGCACAAACGCGUGCAGAAGUCGCAGCAGUUGGACAAGUACCGAGUAGAUGCGGACGAGAUGGCGGACGACGAACUGGAGCAGAUGUCCGCGAUGCUGAAGGCCGACCGGGAGGACAGGGAACGAGAACAACACUCCAACUCCCUGGUCGCCCCGGAUUCGACCGGUUCCACGUGGCGCAUUUCCACCGCGGGCGGCGGAGUGCACACCAACACGCGGUCGAGCGUGAUCGGCACGCCGGGCGUCCCGCCGGAGUUGAGUGAAGAGUCCAGCAGCAAUGCCGACAUGUACAGCCGGGGGGAUGAAUUGUCGCGGCCGGCAAGCUCAAGGAACGGAGAUAGGGAAGUAGACCAACACGAUGGGGGCUACGGAAGUAGAACAAGAAAUGACCGAAAUUAUUUCCAAGAAGUCGCCGCGUCAGAAACCGUGUCCUUCAUUUCCAGCAGCCACGCGCAGAACGCGAACACGAGGGAAUCUACCCCGGCACCGUACUUGGCGCGGAUCGGGGGGCAGAAUCCUGGUGCUCAAAGUAGCAGCAAAAAUCAUGUGCAAGAGCAUAGUCUUCUUUCUUCCGACAUCAAGGCGACGUACGAUCAGCACACUUUGAACAGCAGGAUGGAACAGAUGACGUUUGACGAGGACACGCUGCAGCCAGGAUCGCAAUCCUUUAUCGUCAACAACCCCGAGCAAAUCGAAGACAACAAAUCCUUGGAACUCGCCUGGCAGAUCCGACAGGAGAAGGCGGCUUUAGCAGAAAGGGAAAAAGCGGGGUUCUACAGCUCGUCGGGCACGGAGGACUUCGAGCGGCCUAAAUCCGGUGCAGGUGCGAACAAAAUAAAGAAAGACAAUAAACCGAAAGAGUAUGGCGGGUUCUGGUUGAGCAACGUGCUGAAAGCGCCGAAACUGUUUUUCCGACGGAAAAAAUCGGCGAAAGAUCCCCUCGUCGCGAUGUCUUCCAAGCAGCAGAUGGACACGCGUGCGGUGCAACGGGCGAAUAACGCGGUUUUCGAUGGCAAGAUCAACGAACUGCGCGAAACGGGCGGGCUGCACACCUCGGUGUUAGUCAAGGAGCACGAGAGAAUGUACGGCGAUGUGGGAACUGACAGCAGGCCGGGGAGUUCGGCACAGGGGCAACAGCAAGAACAGCAACAAGUGAAUAGCCGUCCGAGCACUACGAGUCCCACAAGAGGACAGAAUCAAACGAACCUUAACCGAGACCGGUUUCACGCGAACGCGUUCUCCAACGCAGCCCUGCCGCCGCCGUUACCAUCCCGACAAAACCGCGGAAAUAAGACCGGCGUCAACGCGAUUCUGCAGUCCCCCAGCAAGUUCGAGAGGAACCCCUUCGAUUUGAAGCGGAAGUCCUUGCGGAAGAAGCGGCAGGACGGGGGCAUCGGCCUGCAACUCGAGGGGGAGCACAACGCCUUUGACAGCGAUAGUAACGGGGUCUACUUUGGUGACAACGAGGUGGAAAUAAACGACGACGCGCGGUCGUCUUCCAGCUCUUCCGCGACAGGAAGGCAGUCGAUCAUGAAACGCACGUCAAACAACGACAGUUUUCCAAACAGCCGCACCGGCAGCAAGCAGAGCAGCAAGCGGGUCAGGUUCGAGGGCACCGCUUCUGAGGACGAAUACCCCAUGUCGGAUGACGUUGCUUCAGAGCUUUCAUCUUCUAACGCGGGGAAAAAUCCAAAUAACGGCGCAUCCUCUGCAUCCUGUUUUCGUCCGUCGCGGAAUAAGUAUGAGAAAAACAGUAAAAGAACCAAUCGGUACAACGCAAGGACCACCGCGGACCGCAAUCGAUUAUGAGAUCGUCUGAGCGAUUCAAAGUCAAGCGAUUCAAAAAUUUUUUUUCACAUUCCAGGCAUUUCCUGAGUCUUGAAAAAAACAGCGCCGCUGCUGUGCUGUGCUGCAUUUUGCAUGUUUUUUUGCCCUCGUCGAAACGUCGCCCAGAAGAGUAUCAAACGAAACAGCUAGGCCGAUCUCGACUUGAGCUCCUUACUUUGGCAUAUGUGAACGCAAUAAAAAUAAGGGCAAGGCGAGCGCCUGCAUUCAUGAACCCGAAGCAUCUGCAGAAGCAAGGGCCAACAGAGUAGGCGAUCCAACAGAUGCCUCCCAGGCCCACGCCUUCCACUACUUGGCCCCAAAACGUGGCCGCAACCGCUGUCGGAAAUAGCGGCUUCACGUGAGCGGCGGUUGAGAGGCGACGGGCUAUGCACAAAGCAGGGCCGUCCCCAACCGGAGCUAGUCAGAGUGGCGCCAACGCGCGGCCCAUUAUUCUGCCACCGCCUAGGUGGCACUGUCUCCUGCGCGGUUUUUCUCGCAUACAUACACAGAAAAAGGGUGCCUGUGAUCGGUGGGGCAGCGUUUGCCGGUCCCCCCACCAGUGGAAGACCCUCGUCUCUGGCUGGCGGCCUUUUUGUUCGUGGUCCUUUUCUUCUGGCCGCCAAAGCUUAUUGGGCAACAGCGCGGGGCUCCGCCUGUAUUUCUUCAGCUUUGGCGCCGUGCAUCAGCCGCGUGCCGCCGCGUAUCCGCCAAAAACCUGCACAAAAAGACCUGAUCGCGGCACUUUUUGAAUAGAAUGUAAUGCGGAAAGUGCAAGUUCCACGGUUUUGCAAUUUGCCGAUUCAAAUGAGGUCCUUUUGAAUCGCCGAAACCCUCCAAAAAGGACCUCUAUCGAGAUCCAGCAUACCGUCGUGGUUCCGGCUCUCGGGGGAGGCCAAAAAGGAGGUCCCGGAUUGACCCCCUUCAGGAGCCGAAAUCGGCCAAGCGCGACGGUAUGCUGAAGAACAAUGGAAAAUCCCGAAUCGCGAUGCUAUGGCGCCCUCUUUCAUAAUAGUGACCUUCGCACCUUCGGCACCAUGCCCGCCACGCCCAUUCCGAGCGCCGCUACAGGGCUUGCAAAGCCCCGCCAGCAGCUCUGGACCUGCCUGCGACCCCCGGGAAGCCUCUCUUUGCGAGUGGCUCCGCCGGCGCCCUUUCUCGUGCCAGACGGGGCCCACAACAACGCCCAGCCGCCCUCGCGACUCCCCCCAAAACCGCCCCUGUCGCGAAGCUCAUACCCGCGCCCCGGCGACGUCAGUCCACCAAGUUGCCCACGACAUUGGCCCGCUGGCGGACUUGCCAAGGGGCCAGGCCCCCCAGUGCCAUAGCAGCCGUGGGGCGCCUGCGCCCCAAACCCUCGGCGCCUUGGCCCGCCCCUCUUUGCAGCUACACGGAGGAAACAGCGCACCUGUGCGCCGCGUUUGUUGCUUUUUUUGCUAGCAAAGUAGCCCGCGCGGUCUCCGUGGACCUGGUCGAGGCUGCCGCAGGUUUACAACCUUUACGCGCGCAGGCCCAAUGUAGAUAGCUCAAGUUGACGUCGGCCUACAUAUUAACUUCCAUAAGCCGGUGCCGACAUCUCCGCCACUUACCUGAAACUGCUCCGCGCGACGCUGAAUCCGGGGGCGUUUUGGGGGCAGUUGAUGGGAUGCGUUUUAGUUGAAAAAAAAAUUUUGAAUCCGCUAACUUUGAAUCGCUGAGUCCAUCUCAUAUCGUUACAACGCAAGGACCACCGCGGACCGCAAUCUAGACUACUUCCACAACCGUUCCGUAGUCCGGCAUCCGAAGCCAAAUGCGAUGCAGAAGUCGGGUACGGCUGGGAGAAAACCUACUGUCCGGAAGUUUGCAGAAGACCACACCAGUAGAGAUACGCAGCUGGAGCUGGAAGCCGGAAGGGCACUGUCCCCGAGGAAGACCAAGAGCUCCACGGAGGGGAGGCACAUGUCGCCGGAAAAGAUCGGCAUUUCCGGGCUCUCCGCAAAAUCCGCUGGCGGGGCCAGUAGUCGGGGAAGCAGUCCGAAGGGGAAGCAGGCACAAGCAAAGCCAAAAGAUGCAGCGGCGGAGGCCAAGAAGGAAGCAAAGAGGAAGGGCGGUGCGGCGGCCGUGAAGGGGUUGGGGAGUCAAGACGAUUUGAAGAAAUUACUCGGCGAGGAUACCGAUUCGGAGGAGGAGGAAGAGGAAGAGUCCGACGAGGGCGGGAUGGACGCCCGGCAGCGGAGGAAAUUAAUUCGCCAGUUGGAAAAGCAGGAGAAGGAGAAGAAAUAUCGCAAGAUCGAGGGCGACGAAGAGUCCGAAUCCGACCACAGUGUGAUUUUCGAGCCGGAGGACAUUCUCUUGGCCACCGGGCAGCUGCAGUUGAACGCGAUCAAGGCAGCUGGGUCGUACUGCGAAGUAAUGCUCCAGAUCGACAAGCGGCGGAAGAAGGCGUUGCUGGAAUUUCUCUCGAUGCGGAACCCGGACAAGGCGGACCAAGAUUACUACCCGUCCAUCGUGCCAACACUGACGGUGAUCGUGUUUGUUCAGCCUGCGUUGUUCUUCCCCAGGUUCGCCGAACUAGAGGAGUUUGAACUCCAGAACGCCGGGGUCGAAUCCGACGACGAGGGGGGCGAGGGGAAGGACAAAGACAAGAAGGACGGGGAGGGCAAGGAGGCGUCGAAGGAGGAAAGCAAGGAGAAAGACAACGAGGGCUCGCCCGGGAAGAAAGCCGUCACGGAAGCGCCGCCGCGGAACACCAUCAGUCGGAAGGAAUUAUUUCAGAUCGAGAACCCGGACCGACCGCUGGACAUGGACAGCGACGACGAAACGAUCCCGAAACUGAUCACGCUGCCCGACCCGGGGCAAAUCUCUGUGCCGAUCCACCCGCACCCGGAAUCCGUGGACCGGACGAUCGCCAUGAUCAAGAACCGAACCCUCCGGGACACGGACGUCGCGAACCGGUUCUCGACCCACAACGACGAGUGGCGACAACUGCCCGACAACGAAAGAAUCGGCUGGGUGCGCCAGGGCUUCAUCGAGCGGACGCCCAACCCGCGCAGCGUGAUCCACCAGCCGUCCUCCAUGUGCUACGCGGACCCGCUGAACGAGCCGAAGACGCUGAAGGAGUUCGUGCAGCUCUGCGAGUACGAAGCGGACUACAAGCGGAACAGCAAGCGGUGCUUGAAGAAUUUAGCGCAGACCGGGGAACUGGAGUUGGCGGAUGAGCUGCACGAGAUCCGGGACGAGGAGUACCUGGAACGGCUGCACAACGCGCGCGAGGAGUACGUCCAGGCUCUGUUGGAGAAGGAUCGGGAGGCGCGGGAGAAAGCGGCGGAAGAGGAGCGGAAGAAACUGAUGGCGAAGAUGAUGAUGGGCACCGCGACCAUGACGGGCUUUGACAAAGAUAAGAAAGCCGGCGAGAUGAAGAAGCACGACGACUCGCAAAUUACAUCUUCACAAACCACGAGCCAAGAGCAGUCGAAGGAGAAGAAAGAGGAGUCUCUGGGCUCGCUGGAAGGCUCUUCCCACGUGUACCAGGACUCGCAAGAGUCGAAGGUCACCGUCGACGCGAUCCAGGGCGCGCCGGACAUCACGAUCUACGGGGAAAAACUGUCCGACCGGGAGCGGGUUAUGAGAAAGGCGAAGCUCCCGUGGGUGGAGAAGAAAGUGGUCAAGGUGGUAGAGGAAGAAAACAUCUUCCCGACCUUCGGCAAAGUGUUCGGCACCGGGCGGUAUCAGCGGUCGGAAGACAUCGAAAUGCUGGAAACGCGAAAUCGGUGGGUGCAGUUGGUGAACCCGCAUUCGACGCAGGUAGCGGCGUUGAGAAACAUGAAGAAAGGGGGCGGGUCGCCGGCAAGGGGACGGUGA